AAUAUUGACCGUAAUAUAAUUAUAUUCGUAAGUUGAUACCAUAUUAUAAAUACAUAUCAGAAUACUACAUACUUCGUGAGUUUAUGAAAUGCAUUUAAAAGGAUUUCUCUUGAUUACUGUGUGUACUUUAGCCAGUGGUCAGCUCACAAAUCCUGAAACAGACGACACGAAAUGUCUGCAGUGUGCUGAUGUGGACAACCCGACUCGCUGCAUUUCUGCAGGAUGGUGCGGCAAGAACGAGGUGUGCUACACCCGGGAAUUCGUAGACCAUCUAGGACGACAAGCUUUCAGCAUGGGCUGUGAAAGCAAAAGUAGGUGUCAGCUGUACAUGGCUGUGAGAAAUAUCAUCGGAAGACGACGGAAGGAGCCGAGCAGUUGUUACGAGUGUUGUGCCACGUCCGAGUGUAACAGCGGUCUCUGUAGAGACGUUAUUGGCGAACAUGGAUCUACGCCACUUCCAAUUGCGUGUCCUCAGAGUUUUCUUCACGGACCAAAUUCGUGCUACUACAUUGCAAACUGGACGGAGAGCUGGCAGAAAGCUCGGAACAUAUGUUCUCAGCUCGGCGGAGAUUUGGUGUCCGUUAACGACAAGAUAGAGAAAGAUUUUAUAGUUGGUCUUCUCAAGCCUUUUGAAGCCCAACGCAAACCUGCGGCUUUUUGGACGGGUGGUUUCUACGUGGCCGUUCAACACGAGUGGACGUGGGUGGACCACACAGCGACGACGUACACGGGGUGGGCGACAGGGCAGCCGCACACCACCUCCUACUACAUCGCCAUGAUGAAUCCGGCCAACAACCCCGUCUACAAGGACUGGGCCUGGGCGACACAAAGUCCAAAUUCGGCUUUUGGCUUCAUCUGUGAAAGUCCGUAUGUGUAGUGCGUAGUUCUCGAUGUAUACAGUCAUAUCACAGAUAAA